CCAGCAAACUCCGGAGAUGAUGCCAUCUUCCCCCUUGGUUUCCAUAGCAUCCGUUCCUGAAGAGCCCCGUGGUCAGGUCAGGGCGCCUGCCCAGCUCCCUUGGAAAGUUGGGGGCCAGGCUUGCGGGGAGAAGCGCCCGGAGUCCUGAAGCGCGCUCUGUCCGUGGUGCUGAACCUUUGCGCCGAGACCCGCCCAGGCGCUCGCAGCCAGCCCGUCUGAGAAAUUCCUCCCCGGUGCUACCCAAAUCAGAACUGUGUAUCUGUUAUUUACUCGUGUCCUCAAAGGGCAGCGACGCUUCUCCAUCCUCAUUCGACUCUACCGCAGAGCAGAGCUACGCCGGCGCGAGGGCAGGAGGCCGCGGAAGGGAGGGUAAACUACCCGCGGCGCCUCUCACCUGAGACCUCAGAAGCUCCCAGGAGUUUUAAAGUGCUAGCGGCUCCUUGCGGCAAAGGCACCAUUUUAAAAAGUAGUAUUCUUCGGAUUUUGCCCUUACCCAAGGGCUCUGCGAUAUCUCUGGCCCUCCGUUGGAAAGCCAGCAUAUUUGAUUGCAAUGAGCCUUGGAAAUCGAGAAUUAACAUUUUUUUCAAAGAACUGACUCCAAGACAAGAACGCAUCCGUACCGCCCAAAUACCAUGGCCCUGCGUGCGCCCUUUGCCUCCAGAUCCUCCCCUUCCAAUGAGACUUUCUGACUGUGUCUACCAACUCUCCUAUUAGGAAAUCCGUGGGUUGCGGGCAGCUAUUCUGUUGUGUCCUCCUUCUCGCGCUCCCGCCCCUCUCUCACUCGCACCCGUGCUUGAGGCACACCAAUACCAGUCCGCUGAGGAGAGAAAACCCACCACUACGUUCAGCGAAUGGGGAAAUAUGCGCAGCCCUUGCCUUUCAUAGCGAUCGCUGCUUAGAUCUGGCAAGACACUACAACACUCUUCCCGAAUGGAGUCUGUAAAACAAAGGAUUUUGGCCCCAGGAAAAGAGGGGCUAAAGAAUUUUGCUGGAAAAUCCCUUGGCCAGAUCUACAGGGUGCUGGAGAAGAAGCAGGACGCGGGCGGUGAGGCCAUCGAGCUGACGGAGGAUGGGAAGCCCCUGGAGGUGCCCGAGAAGAAGGCGCCCUUGUGCGACUGCACGUGCUUCGGCCUGCCGCGCCGCUACAUCAUCGCCAUCAUGAGCGGCCUGGGCUUCUGCAUCUCCUUCGGCAUCCGCUGCAACCUGGGCGUGGCCAUCGUGGACAUGGUCAACAACAGCACGAUCCACCGCGGGGGCAAAGUCAUCAAGGAGAAAGCCAAAUUUAACUGGGACCCCGAAACUGUGGGGAUGAUCCACGGUUCGUUCUUCUGGGGCUACAUCAUCACCCAGAUCCCGGGCGGAUACAUCGCGUCGCGCCUGGCGGCGAACAGGGUGUUUGGAGCCGCCAUACUUCUUACCUCCACCCUAAACAUGCUGAUCCCAUCAGCAGCCAGAGUGCAUUAUGGAUGCGUCAUCUUUGUUAGAAUAUUGCAGGGACUUGUUGAGGGUGUCACCUACCCAGCAUGCCAUGGGAUUUGGAGCAAGUGGGCCCCUCCCCUGGAGAGGAGCAGGCUGGCGACCACGUCCUUCUGUGGUUCCUAUGCUGGGGCUGUGAUUGCCAUGCCUUUAGCCGGUAUUCUUGUACAGUACACUGGGUGGUCUUCGGUGUUUUAUGUCUACGGAAGUUUUGGAAUGGUCUGGUACAUGUUUUGGCUUUUGGUGUCUUAUGAGAGCCCCGCAAAGCACCCUACUAUUACAGAUGAAGAACGUAGGUACAUAGAAGAAAGCAUUGGAGAGAGUGCAAAUCUAUUAGGUGCAAUGGAAAAAUUCAAGACUCCAUGGAGGAAAUUUUUUACGUCUAUGCCAGUCUAUGCAAUCAUUGUUGCGAACUUCUGCAGAAGCUGGACUUUUUAUUUAUUGCUUAUCAGUCAGCCAGCGUAUUUCGAGGAAGUCUUUGGAUUUGAAAUCAGUAAGGUGGGCAUGCUGUCCGCUGUACCCCACUUAGUCAUGACGAUCAUUGUGCCUAUUGGGGGACAAAUUGCAGAUUUCCUGAGAAGCAAGCAAAUCCUUUCUACGACCACAGUGAGGAAGAUCAUGAACUGUGGCGGUUUUGGAAUGGAAGCCACACUGCUGCUGGUGGUUGGCUAUUCUCACACUCGAGGGGUUGCCAUCUCGUUCUUGGUACUGGCAGUAGGAUUCAGCGGAUUUGCCAUAUCUGGGUUCAACGUGAACCACUUGGAUAUUGCCCCGCGAUACGCCAGUAUCCUAAUGGGCAUCUCAAACGGCGUUGGCACACUGUCGGGAAUGGUUUGCCCUAUCAUCGUUGGUGCAAUGACAAAGAAUAAGUCACGGGAAGAGUGGCAGUAUGUUUUCCUGAUCGCUGCCCUUGUCCACUAUGGUGGGGUUAUCUUUUAUGCAAUAUUUGCCUCAGGAGAGAAGCAGCCCUGGGCAGAUCCGGAGGAAACAAGCGAAGAAAAAUGUGGGUUUAUCCAUGAAGAUGAACUCGAUGAAGAAACAGGGGACAUUACUCAGAAUUAUAUCAAUUAUGGUACCACCAAAUCCUACGGUGCCACGACACAGGCCAAUGGAGGUUGGCCUAAUGCUUGGGAAAAGAAAGAGGAAUUCGUACAAGAAGGAGUACAAGAUGCAUAUACCUAUAAGGACCGAGAUGACUAUUCAUAACAAAAUUAAUUGAUGGAUUUAUUUUUAGUGCUUGUGAUCGAGUUCAGUGUGAUUGCACACAGAAAAUUAAAAAAAAAACGUGGUGUAAACAUGUCAACAUAUCAACCAGGCAAGUCUUGCUGUAAAAAUGAAAUCAAACCCAUGAAAUCACCACCAAGUGCAAUCUGUAGAAGUUGUAAAAUGGCAUAAUUUGCAUUCAGGUCAUCCAUUCUUGCCUUUGUGAUUUAAAGGUUCACUGUAGAAACAAGUAGUUAAUCCAUCGGAUUCAUAGGAACUAAAAUCCAUCACCAUUUAACAAAGCACAAACAUCUGGUAUAUCCCAUCCUACACAAGUUAGGAAGCCAAAGCGACUUGAUCAUGCAACACGCACUUAUAUAUUUGUUACACUGAAUUGCAAGAUAUCUCACAGAAACCCUGUCUUGCAAAAAGGGAACCAAUCCCCUUGGCUGCACCAGAUACUCACAACGUUCAGUAAGUGAAAGUUAUGGAGUUGAAAUCUCUCAGUGGGUGAAGUAUAUUGAGUACCAGCAGCUCGGGAGUUAUACCAGAUGAUUACUAGGAGUGUGUAAAAUGGGAUAUUUUGUGAUCCAAAGGAGUAUCUUGCAGUGUUUUAUAUGAAAUGCUUGGGCACAAACGCUUAUUUUUGUGAAAGAGAACUUGUAAAGUGAGGGGUGUGCUUCAUCUUCUUCCAAUUAUUACCUAACAGUAUGAAACGCUUCACAGUUCAAUACAUUCGACUUUUUGUGUAGCAUAUCACAUAACUUUUUUGCAAAAAAUAUAAAAAGAUAUAGACUUUACUGUAUUUUUAUUACAACUUUGUAUUGGUUGUAACUUGCAUUAGGGGGGAAAAAGAUAUAUACACCAUAAAGAAUCUAAUAAGAAAUUUAUUAUGAAGAUAUAACCCUUAAAAUGCAAUAUUAAAAACAAAAGAAGUAGAAAAUGGUUUAGAUAUCCUUCUUCCUUAAUAAUGAAAUACUAUAUGAAUCUUGUGCCACAGAACUAUAUAUAAUAUGAAAAGUAAAUAAUAGAGAUAUUGUAAGUAGACAAUUUUAUUAUUUAAAGUCCCACUUAAGAGAUAUUUGUCUUAAAUAUAUAGGACAGUGAAUUCUAUUAAGUUGUAUCUAUAUAUAUCUGUAUAUCUUAUACAAAUCCAUACACACAGAAACACAAUAAACAAUCUUCACACAAACCAAAAAUAGCAUACACCUAAUGUUGGGUUAGGGGAUUGUAAUUUCUACUUUCACAGAGUCAUAGAGUUUUAGAUAGGGAGGAGGUAUUUUGCUUGUCAUUUCUUAAUAUAAAUCAACAGGAAUUACAACAUUUGUGUACCAAGCAAUAAGUGCAAUGCAUACAAUUUCCUGUCUAUAUAUUAUCUUCAUUUUGCUUGUGGUAGCUAUUUGGGUGGUUGGAAUGAUUUCUUUUAUUUGAAAAGUUAACAUCAGGUUGCUUUUAUUGUUCUACAAUGAUAAUAAUGCAUUUCCCAAUUCAAUUCAAAAUGUUAUUGGUGUAUUUAAUUGUCUGUUCUGAAUAUUUGAUCUGUUCAUUGUAUUGUGCUAGUGACUGGAAGCCCUGCUACUGCAAAUAUAAACCAUAAAAUUUAUUUCAAAAUACAAACCAUUCUUGACCUUAAGAAAAUGAAACUACCUUUUGCUUUGUGUCUCAAAGUGAUUUAAUGUGACCGUAGCUUUUAUUGUGUUGAAUAAAAUGAUGUGGACUGUCAUUUUGUUGCAGCAAAAAAGGUGUUAAUAAAAUGCUCUACUUAUGCUUUUGGAAGAACAGUACAUUAAAUUGGGCU